AUGAGAGAGUACAAAGUGGUGGUGCUGGGCUCGGGCGGCGUGGGCAAGUCCGCGCUCACCGUGCAGUUCGUGACCGGCUCCUUCAUCGAGAAGUACGACCCCACCAUCGAGGACUUCUACCGCAAAGAGAUUGAGGUGGACUCGUCGCCGUCGGUGCUGGAGAUUCUGGACACGGCGGGCACGGAGCAGUUCGCGUCUAUGCGGGACCUGUACAUCAAGAAUGGCCAGGGCUUCAUCCUCGUCUACAGCCUUGUUAACCAGCAGAGCUUCCAGGACAUCAAGCCCAUGCGGGACCAGAUCAUCCGCGUGAAGCGGUACGAGCGCGUGCCCAUGAUCCUGGUGGGCAACAAGGUGGACCUGGAGGGCGAGCGCGAGGUUUCGUUCGGCGAGGGCAAGGCCCUGGCCGAGGAGUGGAGCUGCCCCUUCAUGGAGACGUCGGCCAAAAACAAAGCCUCGGUGGACGAGCUGUUCGCCGAGAUCGUGAGGCAGAUGAACUACGCGGCUCAGCCCAACGGCGACGAGGGCUGCUGCUCGGCCUGCGUGAUCCUCUGAGGCGCCCGCGGCUGCCGCGCGCCGGCCGCGCUCUGCGCACAAAAGCCAAACGCACCCGAUUCUUCUAAAUGUGAUUUCUCUUCUUGCUUUGAGAUUGGAGACGACUUUGCAUCAGCCGGGGUGUCCUGGGAGCCCGGCUGGCCGCCGUGGCCGCGUCCCCUUCCUCUGACCCGUGUCCGAGGGGGUGUCCCGUCAUGACCAUCCGAGACCCGGUGGAAAUGUGGCUCUUUGCAGCAUGUACGUUUCUCAUUGAUUUUGGUUGACGCAUAUUUCCCCAUUGAAGCAGCCGUUGCGGCGCAGUAUGGCAGCUUGACAGCGGCAAGCGAAAGUUUCAGCCUGGAAAAAAAAUGGGGUGGGGGAGGAAGAGGAUGGGGAGAAGGUGGAAAAGGGGGAAUUCUUUUUUUUUUUUUCUUCAACAACCGUUUUUCUAGUUCCAAGUUUUAAAUACACGGAAGGAAGUCCGGGAGAACCAAAUGAAGGAGCAGGAUGAGAGGAAGAAACUUUUGUUUUUUCCUUGUUUUCCAGGAGUAGCUGGAAAUUAAGAUCGGGUUCCUUUUCUGCCAGCUUGGAAGGGCAACCCCGUGACUGCGAUUCUGAGGAUGUCUAUGCAAAGUUGGAUUCUUGUUACAGUAUAUCCAAUCUGAAGUAUUGCACAUCUGAACUGGGACUGUUAACACUGAUGCCAAUACAGUGUGGGGUGCCAGAAAGUGUCUGCUGAUAUUUGUGGAAAAAAAAAAUCUAUUUUGUUUACCUACUGUAUCAAAGGGGAGUCUGGGGGAGAACGGUAGUAUUUUUUUUUUUAAUCAGCUGUGAAAAAAAAUGUUACAGAUCUGCACAUUUUUGUGUGUACUGUUGUGUGUGUGUUUGUUUGUUUGGUUUUUUAGAUUUAGCUUUUUUGUUCUUAUUGGUUGGCAGUAACAAGGUGUUGAUGACUAGCUCUUUAAAAUACAGUACAAGGACUUCAUAAAUGUGAUUCAGGGCCCCCAGCACCCCUGUGUCUGCAGAGUGCCUUCAAAACUCAGCUGUUCCAGCCGGUGCCAACCUGUGAACUUCCCACCAGAUCCCAGAAUCUGCUAUUCCCCCCAAACCACUUCCCAGUUUCCUUUCAGUAAUCUUCCUGAAGGAGCCAGGACAAUAGGGCCUGUUGUUUGGUGAAUUUCUUUUAUUAUUUCCUUUUAAAUGUAAUUUACUUGUCUUGCAAUGGUUUUUUUUUUUCCUUUUUUAAAUUUUUUGCUUCAUUUUGUUUCAAUGUUCAGGUAUUUAGCUCCCCUUUUAUAUAAUUUUUUUUUAAUGUUUGGUUUUCUGUUAUAGGGUGUUCCUCCAGAAGCAAAGAGCAAAAUUUUACUGUUGUGAUGUACUGAGAGAAUUCUAACAAUUUGUAAUUUCUAAUUCCAGACACACGUUUAAUCAUUGUCUCUUCAUUUUAAGAUUUUUAAUACAAACAUCAUUUUUAAAGAAACAAA